AUGGCCAUUUGGAAUAGAGCAUCGCACUCGUCCGACGGCGGGAGCCCUCACCACUCGGAUCCUGAAUAUGGCGCCAAAUCAGAGUACCAGCAUGCGACUGGCGAGUUACCGCCCACCGACAGCGAGGGUGUUGUCGUCCACGCCGACCACGGACAUCUGCACCGUGGCCUGAAAUCGCGACACAUUACUAUGAUUGCCAUCGGUGGCGCUAUCGGAACUGGUCUCAUCAUCGGCACUGGCAAGGCUCUGGCGCAAUCUGGUCCCGGUUCAAUUCUCAUUGCUUACACCUCGGUCGGUCUCAUUGUCUAUGUUGUAAUGACUGCGCUUGGAGAGAUGGCUGCCUGGAUCCCCCACGCUUCUGGUUUUGCUGGCUAUGCGACGCGGUUCUGCGACCCGGCUCUUGGAUUCGCUCUUGGCUGGACGUACUGGUUUAAGUAUGUGAUUACGACGCCGAACCAACUUACUGCUACCGCCUUGAUUCUCUCAGAAUGGAAACACAGAGACGAAGUUAAUCCGGGUGUCUGGAUUGCCAUCUUUUUGGUCGCCAUCAUUGCCAUCAACUAUUUCGGUAUCAAGUUCUUUGGAGAGCUUGAGUUUUGGCUUAGUGCUAUCAAGGUCAUCACAAUUGUUGGUGUCAUUCUCUUGUCAUUCUUGUUGGCUGUCGGCGCUGGCCCUAACGGCGAAGCGACUGGCUUCAAGUACUACAAAGACCCCGGAGGUUUCAGGCCUUACAUCGCAACAGGCGACGCCGGAAAAUUCUUCGGUUUCUGGAGUUCUCUCGUCAACGCCGUUUUUGCCUACCUCGGAACCGAGCUCAUCGGAGUUACCGUCGGCGAGGCUCAAAACCCGCGCAAGACCAUCCCCCGCGCCAUCAAGCUGACCUUUUACCGAAUCCUGUUCUUCUACUGCCUCUCCGUCUUCUUCCUCGGAAUGCUCGUUCCCUACAACUCCUCAGAACUGUCAUUUGCCAACCAGGCCACCACCGGUGCUUCUGCCUCACCUUUUGUCGUCGCCAUCAAGCUAGCCGGAAUCAAGUACCUGCCCACGAUUGUCAACGCCGCCAUCCUCCUCUUCACCUUCAGUGCAUCCAACUCCGAUCUCUACAUCGCAUCGCGUACCAUCUACGGACUCGCCGUCGAGGGCCACGCCCCCAAGAUCUUCAAGUGGACCGACAAGCGCGGUGUGCCCGUUCCCGCUCUAGCCAUUUCCGCACUCCUCUGCUGCACAGCCUUCAUGAACGUAGCAGACGACGCCAAAACGGUAUUCGGCUACUUUGUCAACCUAACCACUAUUUUCGGUCUCCUCUCUUGGAUCUCGCUGCUGGUAACGCACAUUUGGUUCGUGCGCGCGCGCCGCGCUCAGGGCAUUACAAACGACCAACUGGCGUACACGGCGCCAUUCGGUCUGACGGGUUCUUACAUUGCCCUCUUCUUCUGCAUCUUGAUUGCUCUGACCAAGAACUUUUCUGCUUUUACAAAGGGGCCGUAUGGCAACUUUGAUGUUAAGACUUUUGUUACUGGAUAUCUUGGCAUCCCCAUCUACCUCUUCUGCAUCUUCGGCUACAAGUACACCAAGAAAUCCAAAAUGGUCCAGCCGCACCUCGCAGACUUCUACACCGGCAAGGCUGAAAUCGAUCGCGAGGAGGAAGUCUUCCUGGCCCAUGAGGCGGAGAAGAAGGCGAAUCAGACGGGCAAGGGUGGUUCGUGGUUCUACAAGACAUUUAUUGCUUGGUUGAUUUAG